UGACAUAGCACUAAGGCAGCUAGCUCCAUGUUAUUAAAACCAGUGUUAGUCUUUAGUCCGGUAGUGUUUGCUGCUUUGUUCUGUAGUCGGACUAUGCGAGAGCAGGACAGAGAAGGUCCACACUGCGCACACUGCUGAGCCAGUCAUCUAUAUGGGCCAUCUCCUCUCGACGAAUGGCCACCGCUUGAAAAAAAGUCAGCAGAAGGUGCGCAAGAAGAAGAAGCGAAAGAGCUGUUUUAUUCGGGGGCCUUGCAUGCUUUGCUUGAUCAUCCGCAAAAACAGCAGCGAGAGCCUCGAGGCCGAGUGCCACGCCGACCCCAGACUGGCCCAGCUGAGCUCGCACGAGGACCGCGCCAAGUUCCUCCUCUCGCCCGCCGAGUUGGCAGUGUGGGAGCGCCAGGGCCGGAGUCUGCUGUCCUCCGUGCCGGCCAGACUCAUCGGAGCUCCUGUGCUGUUCUGCACCGACUACUCGGACAUGGUGUGCAAGCGCAAGAGCGGCGAGCCGCAGCCGGUGGCGCCGUGCAAGCAACUGCGCUGCGCGUCGCAGGAGACGGCGGCGAGCGAAGAGGAGGCGAAGAACGCCGGCGAACCCCUCUUGCCUCAGCUCUGUCCGCUGCCCUCCUCCUCCUUCUCCUCACCUUCAGAGGAGGAGGAGAGCUCGGGCGCUGGACUUCAGAUUGACUCGGGGCAUAGCUCGGGCAGUUACAAAACCCCCGAGAACUCCUCUUCUUCUUCCUCCUCCUGUCUGAUUGCCACCAGCAGUGGGUCAGAGGACAGCAAGGGUGCUGAGAACAUGGACACAUCCAGAAUCAACCACCUUCCUUCCUCUAUACUACUUAAGGUUUUUUCUCACUUGUCGGUAAAGGAGCGUUGUCUUAGUGCUUCCCUGGUCUGCAAGUACUGGCGUGACCUCUGCUUAGACUUCCAGUUCUGGAAGCAGAUCGAUCUCAGCGGCCUGCGACAGGUUAAAGACGAGCUCCUGGUAAAGAUCGCGUCGUGGAAGCAGAACGUGACGGAGCUCAACAUCUCAGACUGCCGCAACGUGGAAGACUUCGGCGUUUGCACUCUGGUCUCUCAGUGUCCCGGCCUGCUGAAAUACACAGCGUACCGCUGCAAACAGCUCAGCGAUUCCUCCCUCUGUGCUGUGGCCCUUCACUGCCCACUGCUGCAAAAGGUUCACGUGGGCAACCAGGACAAACUGAGCGACCAUGCUCUCAAACAGCUCGGUGAACACUGCCCGGAGCUUAAGGACGUGCACUUUGGACAGUGCUACAACGUCAGCGAUGAGGGUCUGAUAGCGCUGGCGAAGGGCUGCCCCAAACUGCAGAGGAUCUACAUGCAGGAAAACAAACUGGUGACCGACAGAUCGGUGGAAGCGUUCGCUGAGUUCUGUCCCGAGCUGCAGUUUGUGGGCUUCAUGGGAUGUUCAGUGACCUCACAAGGUGUCAUCCACCUCACCAAGCUGAGGAACCUGAGCAGUCUGGAUCUCCGGCACAUCUCAGAGCUAAACAACGAGACGGUGAUGGAGGUGGUGAGAAAGUGCCGGAAUCUCAGCUCCCUCAACCUCUGCCUCAACUGGAGCAUCAACGAUAAAUGUGUGGAAAUCAUCGCCAAAGAGGGACGAAGUCUGAAAGAACUGUACCUGGUGUCCUGCAAGAUCACAGACUAUGCACUGAUAGCCAUUGGCCAGUAUAGCAGCACCAUCGAGACGGUGGACGCCGGUUGGUGUAAAGAAAUCACCGACCAAGGAGCCACCCAGAUCGCCAAGAGCAGCAAGUCCCUGCGCUACCUGGGCCUGAUGAGGUGUGAUAAGGUGAACGAGGAGACCGUGGAGAGACUGGUGCUGCAGUACCCACACAUCGUGUUCAGCACGGUGAUGCAGGACUGUAAGCGCACCCUGGAGAGAGCCUAUCAGAUGGGCUGGAGCCCCAACACCUCCACUACGUCCUAGCCAACACCCCCAUACAUGUCCUCAUGUAAACUUAGACCUAAACCUAAACAUCUACACGAUCAUGGCAGUUCUGGUGAACCUUUGUUUGCCUUCCUGGUUCACAUCACGGCGUUAGGAUUUAAUCAGCAUUAGGAUCCAUCAGUUUGCUUUUCUUUUAAUAUUAUUAUUAUAUUUUGUUUUGUUUAGAAAUUAAUGAUUAGAAGCAAAUUAUUACUGCAUUACCCACUUUAGUCUGAAACGUUCUCACACACAUCUUUCUGGAACAUGAUCAGAUCAGAGACGAUUUAUUUAAUUGUUAUUGAUAUCUGAAAAAUAAUUCCUUUAUAAGGUUUAUUGCUUUCAUUUUUCAUUAUCAUAGAACAAGUACUGUAUUGUGGUAG